AUGGCUGUCCUUAACCUUGUCACUUUGGCUUUGGCCCUUUCUUCUCCGGCCAUGGCCCGACCUCGCCCACAGUUUGGCAACGGCGGCGAUGCCCAAACACCCGGCGCUGGCCUCGGCGGCGCUCUCCCCACUGCCCUUCCCAGUGGUGGCUCUGGCCUCAUUCCUUCUGGCCUUCCCAGCCUAGGAGGCGGCAACGGAGGCGCCAUCCCAACCCCUGGCAGUGGCUUCAACUUGCCCGGCAGCGGCAGUGGUAAUGAUGCUCCUGCUACCACUCCAGGCUCUGGUGGUGGCUUCUUUGGUGGUGGCAGCGGUGGUGGUAUUCCCGGCCUUGGCAACCUCCCAUUCUUUGGAGGAGGUAACGGAGGUGGCUUCUUCGGCGGUGGCGGUAACACCAAUACUCCCCCCGCCGCAGCUCCAAGCGGUGGUCUGCCUGGAGGAAAUGAUGGCAACACCGGUGGUGGUGCUUCUGUUCCCGCUCCGAUUCAAACCCCGGGCACCGGGGGUGGUGUACAAGGUGCGUCCUUCCGAGGCCGUGGUCGAUCUCGCAACCAAGACUCGCCUUCGAUCCCUGGAGGCAGUGGUAACUCUCAGGGUGGAAACGGUGGUGGCCUCGGUGGAAGCCAGCCGAGCGGUGCCAUCCCUACCUUCUCUGCCGGACCUGGUAACGGUUUCGGCGGGAGUGGCAAUGGAGGAAACGGAGGAAACGGCGAUGCCACUGAGGCUCCUGUCGCUCCCACUCUUGUCCCUACCCCAGGCAGUGGGCUCGAGGGCCCAGGCACUGCUCCCAGUGGUGCCAUUCCUACCUUCGUUGCUGGACCAGGAAACGGUUUCGGUGACGGCAACAGCCCUAGCACCCCUAGCACUCCCAUUCAGACUCCUGGAAGCGGAAACCAGCCUGGUGGUGGUCUAGGUGGAAGCCAGCCCAGCGGUACUAUCCCAACCUUCGUCGCUGGCCCCGGCCAAGGCUUCGGUGGUGGCGAUGGCCAGAACGGAGGCUUCCAGAAGCGAGCUCGAUCCUCUCAGUAA